AGUUACUCCGGAGCAACCCAAAAUAGGUUUACAAGUCAAAAACUGAAAAACAACAAUGACAAUGCUAAGAUUCUCAAGUGAAAUGCCCUAAAACUUGGGCGACCUCAAUCCAAAGAAACAAAACAUAAAACACCAUUCUUGAGUUUCCGAGUAUACUCAUUAAGACAUGAAGUAAGACAAGAAUAUUAAAUGGUUCUAUCUCAUUACCCAGAUCCUGCUGACAUCUUCAAGAUUCUCCCGACUGCUCUCCUCGGGCAACCUCCUCUUGGUGGAUGCGUUCUCUUCCCCUCUCUUCACCUUGUGAGUGAGAAGGGGCCAGUCUCGUCGUUACUUCCUAAGGUCUUUACCCUAGGCAAACUCCCUACUAAACAUGUUAUUAGAGUUUCCUUCCAAGCGCGAUAACCGUUCUCACUUUCUGCUCUUAAAUAAUCAUUCUCUCUACUAGCUUAUAGAAGUCCUCUACUUCUAUACUGAACUCGUAGGAGUUCUCUAUUUCUAUCCUUAACUCAUACACCAACACUAGGGACCACCGCAUUACGUACUACCGUCUGGUGUCCCUACCCUAGUAUGCUAGUCGCGUUACGUCCCGUCGUCCGGUUGCAUACCCAGCUCGGCAAUGACACUGCGUUACGUCUCGCCAUCCAGUCCAUGCCCGGUCAACUACUGCGCUACGUCUCGUCGUCCAGUAGUGACCCCGACAUACUCGAUCAACUGAUGCGUUACAUCUCGCCCUCUAGCAGUGAUCCAACCAUCUACUGCGUCCAGUAGUGGCCCAACCGUCCGGGGUUUAUCUUACCACUAACCAUACAUUCAUACAUAGCACAACGUGUGCCCCCACCCAUAAGUAGGCGGUGGGAUGGCUCACACACAUAUCGCGCAUAACUAAAUAAUAACUUGAACGAAAAGCAUAAACUAAAAGACCUACGACAGAUUUUACCCCCUUACACUUAUCUCGAAUAGAUGACUCCACGAUUCCUUCCUCGAAGAAAUCCCCCCUUAGCCGGAUUAUCUUGGAAAACCUAUUAAUAAGAAUCCAUUUUCUUAGACGACCUUUCUCAAUUUAAAGCCCUUUUUAUAUACCAAAACAACCUCUCCUCAAAGUCCCAUCCUCAAACCUCCUUCCAAAGAUUCCUUAACCUACUUUAAAAAUUUUCUAGAAGUAAUCCCUUCAAAACAGACCUUUUUUCCUAAUUAAUUUCGUCUUGGACGAAUUUUCCACCUAGCCUGAAGCUUCUUAAAAAUUCGAAGAAAACUUUUCCCAUGUCAAUCAUGAGAACAUACACCCUGGAAAAUUAUCGAACUCCUAAAACCUCAUCGACAAGAUUUUUAAUUAAUUGAAAUAAAAGUUCGUCCAAUUUCUGAAAAUAGUAGUAUGUCUUCAAAUAUCCCCAAAUUAAAUUACUGUUAUCUCCUACACCACCCUCAAUUUAUAAAAUUGUUAAACCCAGAAACCAACACCCAUAGAGGCUUGAAAAAAUUUAAAUAUAUAAAAACACGUUUCUGAAAAUUCCCUGCAGCUUUAGUGACCACCAAAAUCUGUCACUAAUAGCCGGUAAAAUCUGUUGCUAAAACCCCAGAAUUGCACUCUCACAAAAAAUGACCAAAUCGAUCGAUCUAACUCAAAAAGAUCGAGUUCCCUUACCUCUAGAACGUGUCUAGGUUCAGAUUCAAUGACCUUGGCCACCGAUUAAACCUCGAUUCCUUGCCGUUAAGCUUUUGGACGAUUGAGAAUACUAGUUGGCUCGAUCCCUCAGCUGUUGCGCGAGACCGAGAAGGGGAAAGGGGCUGCUGGUUAUGGUUUGAGUUGUGGUUGCUGGGAACACCACAAUCAGGCGGCGGAGGUUUAGUUUUCGUGUGGGGGGGAUUAUUAGUGUGGGGAAGGGAAGGGUUAGUGAGAGAGCGCUCGGUAGGUAUACAUAUUUUUUACAAUAAUAUUAUAAUAGCUAUUAUAAUUAUUUCUAUUCCGUAGUUGCAAUUUUUAGUACGUAACCGUCAGUCCAACCGAUCAUUAUUUAUAGUCGAACCCAAAUCUAAAAUACCGGGGUAUUACAUUUCCUCCACCCGUAUAGAAUUUUCGUCCCCGAAAUGUGAACUGCCUGAUAAGAGCUGGAAAAAUAACUACUUGGACUCCAACUUAUGGUGUUUGACUGAAAUUUCUCGACUAGGAUAUAACAUAUACCACGUAAAUCCUCGGUAUUAUUUACUUACUAUGCUUGUUGUUAUUUUGAGAAUAACCGUAGUAUAUUGCAUUCAGUGCAGUCAAAAUCGCGCAUUAAAACGCAAGAACUUAC